AAUAUCAAGUUAUACUCCUGUGUAUUUUACGUAUUUACAGAAAACAAAACAAGUGGUUGUGUAAUUUUCAAACCAAAAUAAAUACAACAGGUGCUGUCUAUUUUAAUGGACAAUAACUUUAUGAGAAAUGAUAAGAAAUAAUUCUAGUUUUUUCCGCACUAAACGUUUUCAACACUAUGAUACAAUUUUUCUUUUACUGAAAUAUUUGCGUUUGUUCGCGCGCGUUAAAUUUAAGAAUCGUAAUUCGGCACAGACGUUCCUGCCACGUGACUAGUUCUUAUCAGAAAGCUGACGAUUGUUAGUUCCAGAAAUACGAAUUGCAAUUUCUCGGAAUCAGUCAAAAUUAUAGACAAGAUUAAUUUUAAUCACGCUUAGGAAGUAUGGAACCAGGAAUACUGACCAGAGUUUUAAAUGAUUUUCUCACGACCGUCGAUGGAGAAUUAAGUUUGCAUAAAGGAGAAUACUUUCUGGUACAUAGUAUUGUUGACAAACAUUGGUGUUAUGGAGAAUCUAGAGGUAGAACAGGAAAAUUUCCGUCAAGUCAUUUACAUAAAGUGGAUAUACCAGAACUACAUGAUUCAGAAACUUUAUUCAUUGCUACUGCGUCUUUCCCAGGACAAGAAGAUGGAGAUUUGUCUUUUGCGCAAGUCAGGCGUACUUAUUAUUGGAACGGAAGAUGUUGGAUCAGGAUGGUAUUUAGGGCGAACAGAUACAGAAAAGGGUAUAUUUCCUUUAACUCAUGUAUGGCAACUUGAUUCGAACUUGUUAAAGAAAGCUUCAGAAAAGAAAACUAUAAAGAAGAGAGCUAGAAUAAAAACUAAUUUAAAAGCACAACUUAAUGAUGAACUUGAUCUGGUAGAAGGCGAAAUGGUUACUGUCACAGCAAUUCUUGAUGAUGGCUGGUGUUACGGAAUAACAGAUAAUGGUAAAGAAGGAAUAUUUCCAGAAGGAUUUGUGUCUUAUAUAACCGAUAAUGUUGAACAAUUAGAUGCAACCCCUGUAGUAGAUAAUAUUACUUUUCCUACUACUGCAACAUAUAAUGAGCCGGUAUACAACAAUCUUAGUGAACCAACUACGCAAUCUGAUAUGGAAGAACCUGCACCAAAUUACUAUGAUUUAUUUCCUCAAUAUAAGCCAAAUGUCAAUACAUUAGAUGUAAAACCUUAUGCUAUAACAUUGUAUCCAUUUAAUGCUCAAUUUCCAAAUGAACUAAGUUUUGCAGCAGGGGAAGUGGUACAUCUUAUUAGACACAUUGAUUCAGAAUGGAUGGAGGGUACAAUAGACAAUCAUAAAGGAAUUUUUCCAAUAUCUUAUAUAAACAUUAUACUAGAUUGCAAUGAAACUACCUCUGAUCAAAACUUUUGUAAUCAGGAUUUAAGUACUAUGGAAUACAAUGCACUGGAGCCUGAUACACAAGCAAAAGUAGAAUAUACCUUUAUAGCUCAAAUGGAUGGGGAUCUGAGUGUUACUGAAGGUGAUACAGUUACAGUGAUUGAUAUGGUCAAUGCAGAUUGGGUGAGCGUUGAAAACGAGCACGGAAAAAUCGGUUUAUGUCCAAGGGGUUAUUUAAGUGCCUUGAAUAUAGAAUCUUCAGAUAUUGCACAAAAUAUAUUAGAAGACUUUGUUGUAAUACGAAAUGAUGAAAUACAUCCUAAGAAAACAGAAGAGCAAAAAUCUAAAAGACUUUCUGAACCCCAUAGACCAGCACCACCUGUACCGGCACCGGGUAGUAUCCCAUUACAAAAAAAUAUGGUAGAAGAUAAGGAAUCAAGUAAUGAAAACAUUGACCAACAAACAGAUGUUGCCAGCAAUAGUGAUAUUGAUAUUAACCAAAAAAGAGCAGAUCAGAGGCAAAAUGUUAUAUCAGAAUUAGUCAUUACAGAAAAAGAAUACGUCCGUGACUUGAAAUUAACAUAUGAAACAUUUAAUUUGUAUAAUCCGAAUUCACUUGAAUCUCUGGGAAUUGAUGUAGCUAUCCUAUUUGGGAAUAUUUUUGAAGUGAUUCAAGUUGCAGAGGAAUUGUUAGAUAUGAUACUGAAAGCAAUGAAGGGAUGUGACGAAGGACUGCAAACAGUUGGCCCUUGUUUUAUAAAAAUGGCUGAAAAAUUAAAAAACGUGUAUGUAAAGUAUUGUGGAAAUCAUGAAGCUGCAUUAAUUUUGUUAAAAAAGUAUGAAACUAAUGAAGAAAUAAUGACUGUGUUUAACAAAGGUAUUGAGACUCUACGGUCUCAAGUAGCUUGUUUUGAUAUGAGUUCUAUUCUCAUAAAACCUGUACAAAGAAUAUUGAAGUAUCCCCUUAUCUUAUAUGAAUUGGUAAAAUGUACUGAUGACAAUCAUCCAGAUAAACUUGCAGUCGAAGAAGCAUGGAAGACUAUGACAGCUGUAGCAAGUCAUAUUAAUGAAUAUAAACGUCGAAAAGAUUUGGUGUCCAAAUAUUUGGAGAAUGAUAACACUUUAAUAAGGAAGGUAGCCAAACUUAGCAUGCAUUCUGUAGCAAAGAUGUCUACAAGAUUAAGUACAAGAUUAUCUGCAAGUUUAGGAUUGACAAACGUCGCGGUUGAUUUAGAGUUUGAUGAACUUGAAAGACAGUUCAGAUCAGUAGAAAAGUGUACAUUACAGUUAGCUAAAGAUGUAGAACAAUGUUUCACAUACUUAAGCGAUGAAGCUAUUUCUGGAGAAAUAAUAUCAGACUUCUUGAUUCAAUACUACCAAGGAACGCCAAAUAUUGAAGCUAAAAGACUUAGAGAAAUAAGAUCCACAAUAUGGUCACAAUUUAUUCGGGAACUGAAAUUAUCAGAGAGAGUCAGAGCACCACUCAACUUUUUAGCAAUUUUAUUAGAAGGGCCUGCAGUAUUAAUAACAAAACGGCACGACAAGCUCCUUGAUUAUGAUGCAGCUAUUUCUAAAAGUGAAAAGUAUAAAGAAUCAAGAAUUGUACAAGAUGAAUUGACAACAGCAAAAAGUAAUUAUGAAGCUUUAACGCAACAGUUAGUAGAAGAAUUACCAAUUGUGAUUGACGCAGCAACAAAAGUAUUAGUACAUUGUAUUAGUGCAUUCGCACAUUCAAGGAAGCUUCUAUGUGGGAAAAUUACCAAACGCUAUUUAACUUUAUGCGAGACUUCAACUCAGCUAUCAUCUCAAGAUAUUUUAGAAUCAUUUCUGGUUAAUCAUAGCUUAUUAUGGAAUCAGAUAACACGUUUCGCAUUUGCCGGAACAAAUCCCAGAAUAGAUGAAGCUGAAUCUACAUGGUGUCCACAAAGUGAAAAACAAAAAGUCACACUAAGAAAUAAAUAUCCUAAUGAUAAAUUAUAUGUAGUCACAGAAAAUAUAGUGAGCACCUCUUCUUUGGAUAUGGGUGCAGCUCGUGGUACUCUAGUAGCAGUAAUAAAGAAACAAGACCCUAUGGGAGAUACUAGUCGUUGGUUCGUAGAUAAUGGAGUUGCACAAGGAUUUUUGCCAGCUAAAAUGUUACAAAUUCAACAAGUAUCACAACUUCGUUUAUCUAAUGAAACAUACAGCACUGCAACUACAUCUGAUGAUACAUCUAUGACUGAUUUAAUUUGCAUGGAUUCUCCCGUGAAAGAACAAAAAUCAUCAUCCUAUUCUCAUCUCGAAGAAUUGUUAGAUCUCAACGCAGAGGAUAAAAUAAGAAAAAAUAGCCAUUGCUAUGGGAAUGUUGAACAACUCCCUCGAAUUCAACAGUAUCAGAAUUUGAACUAUGAAUUCUAUUAUGCAGAGUAUGACUUUUCUACAACUAUUUCUGGAACAUUGCCUAUUACUAAAGGGCAAGCUUUAAGACUUGUUAGACCUCAUGAUGAAAAGGGGAACGAUGAGUGGUGGCUUAUGGAAGAUCGUUAUGGUAAUAAAGGAUAUGUACCUAAAAAUUAUUUAUGUGAUCCACUUACAUCAAAACAUUGAAACAGCAAAAUGAAUGUGAUAAGUAUUAUGCUAUCCACUCCAACAAUAUCUAUUAUAAUGCUAUUGUCAAUAUCUCCAUUCGAUUUAAUGCUUCUAAAUGGUUUUUUAUUGAAUGGAGUUGGAUGAUAAUUGAAUGAUUAGUGUUCUAUACAUUUAUUAAUAUUAAACAAUGGUACGCAAAACAAUUUUAAAUUAAAUGUAAAAAUGUUAUAUUGAUUUUUUUUUAUAGAAAUGUAUCAUAUCUCUUGCUUGUAGCACUAACGCUAACAUGCUUUAAAUAUACAUAAUAACUAUUUAUCUUUGACAAAUACAUGAAUCAUAUGUAAUUAAAAAAUAUAUAUUAUAUACUCAUCCGUUAAGAAUAUAUAUUACUUCUGUGAUAAUAUACAUAUAUUUUAAUGGGAAUGUACU